UUGAAAUGGAUUCAGUAAAAAUUAAAAAUUAUAAAAGAAAAAUCUUAUUUGUUUUGUUUUAUUUUUGUUUGUUUGUGGUCAAUAAGACUCUAAACCUAACGGUAGAUGAUGUUGUUGAAGUAGCUCCCAAGGAUAUAAGCUAUGUGCACAGUUUUUACGCACCCUUAACCGUUCGGAUUGUUGAACAAAGCCUAAAACCACUUGGGUGGCAAUCUCUUAAAAGUUCUAUAAAUGUUCUCCCAGGCAAAACAUUUGAAGACUUUCAAGCACAGUUAAUUGGAAUUAACGGCCGACAAUCAUCUACACCAAGUGAAGGAUCAUCGCUUAAUGUUCCUCGUGUUGUGUUGGUAUUUUUCGUUGGCGGUUGUACAUUUGCUGAAAUAUCCGCUCUAAGAUUUUUAUCGCAACAAGAAGACAACAACGUUGAAUUCGUCAUUGCAACUACAAAACUUUUGAAUAAGAACUCAUUCCUGGACACUUUAAUUGAAUUUGCCUAAAAAUAUUUUGCUAUAUACGCUCUAGUUUUGUUUAAAAUAAAUAUAAUUAUAUAAUAAUAUAUUUAUAGAAAAUAUCUGUAUAGAAUUACAUAUGUAUGCAACUAACAUUGUAGUUUCAAAUAAAGUUUAUAUUAAGAAAGUA